AUGGGAAACUGUGCAGAGGGAAUGAGCAACUAUUUCUGCCGACAAAAGAACACCAAUGUCCGUGUUAGUCUGCCGGCAGUCUGCUUCGUCUGGCAGAUUGCUAUGAUCAUACUGUUUGGAGUUUUCAUCCGAUAUGAUGAAGAGUCUGAUGCCCAUUGGGUGGAGUACAAAAGGAAGCAGAACUUCACCAGCGACAUUGAAAAUGACUUCUACUUCAGAUAUCCCAGUAAGUGCAAAAUUGGACAGACAUGCAUUGAUAGAUGAUCUAGUUAAUGUCUGAUCAUUUCUUUAAUCUUUUGAAGGAAGGCUUUAAAAUUAUCACAUCGAUACUGCACUUAAAUAUCAGAUAUCUCAAGACCAAACAACUCAUGAUACUAACAGGCUGUGUUCCUGCUGUCAUAAAGGGAAGGAACAUUUAAAGAAAACUGCAAUACCUUAUUUCUUGAAAAAAAAAUAAUCAUCUUUGUAACUUUGAAAUAUUAGCAAUACACACUGGAAACUUUAACUUUAAUAGGCUGACUUCUGAUGAUCAAAUAAUCAAACAGAAAGUAAAUAUCAUUAUAUUUUAAUCACACCAUGAAGUUCUCCAUCUGUAAUGAAAUCCAAAUGCCUUUUAUCAGUUUAAGUAGAUUAAAUGUAUAAAAUCUCAACUUGCAUGUGAACACAAAUUGAUAAAUUGAAAAUCUAAUCUAAUAAAGAAUAUUUUGUCAGAGAAGGGUUGGUGAAAUUAUUUUCAUGUACUCAUUUAUUUCUUCCCUUCUCUCCAGGCUUCCAGGAUGUCCAUGUCAUGAUCUUUGUUGGAUUUGGUUUUCUGAUGACCUUCCUGAAACGCUACAGCUUUGGCGGUGUGGGCUUCAACUUCCUGAUUGCCUCCUUUGGUCUGCAGUGGGCUCUUCUCAUGCAGGGCUGGUUUCACUCCCUUGACCACACUACAGGGAAAAUUACCAUCGGAGUAGAGAGGUAAGGCUCCUCAUUGCGUCGUCUCUCAUGCAAUGAACUUCAAAUGCCAGAGGGCUGGGGAGGUAUGUUAUGUAACUCAAAGAUGAAACCUCAUUCUUCAACCUGUCAGAGUUUGUCAUUGUUACAGGGGGAAGGACUUGAACUUGACAAGUCUCUUUUGUAAGAGAAGUCAGAACAUACGAGCAAAAUAUUUUGUCUAGUCCUGCCUGCAGGUGUGCUGGAGGUAAAGCGUGUACAGUUUUCAGAGUGCAGGUCCAAGAAUUAGUCACUCAGGUUCAUCCUCUAAAAAUAUGGUUGAGUCACGGCUGGAUGUUCUUGUACUGGUGAUCGUAUUUAAAUCCUUACCACCACAUUCCCUUCAAAUUUGAUCAUAUUUCAACCUAAAUUUACUCUUUUUUUAAGGUUUACUGCAAAGUUACAAUAAAGAUACUGUUUGUUGUUUUGUAUUAUUAUUAAUAUAUUGAUGUAUUUAUUCCAGCUACGUGUGUUUUCAUGUAGUUUAAUGUAAACUCAUACAGAUGUAUUGAUAUUAUUUAACUUUAAAAAGUACAUCAAGACAAAGUGAUAACAUAUUGAUAAUCUUAUUCAAACUCUUUAAAGACUCUUUGGUUUAGCAGUGCCAAUUCAUUGCCAUAUUUGAAUCGUAUUGGAAAAGAAAAACACUCGUCAAACAUUAUUGCCAGUGAGAUUUCCAUUUUGAAAGGCUGGUAGUCCAUUCCUGUUGAGACUCAUCAGUUAAAUAUAGUAUUCAUUGUGACUCCGUUUCCACUUACUCAGUCUUUGUCCAUGUCCUUUACCUUGUCUCUACCACAGUCUGAUCAAUGCCGACUUCUGCUGCGCCGGCUCCCUGAUUGCAUACGGAGCCCUCCUUGGUAAAGUGAGUCCUGUCCAGCUGUUGGUUGUCACCUUAUUUGGCGUCACGCUGUUUGCUGUGGAGGAAUACAUCAUCCUGGACCUUCUUCAUGUGAGUCUCAACAAUCCAAAAUCCUUUCACUGGUCACCUCACCAAUGUUUUUAAUCGUCUUUUGAUUAAUUCUCUAUCUUUUUGUGUUUUUCUUUUCAACAGUGCAGAGACGCCGGGGGCUCCAUGGUCAUCCACGCCUUUGGAGGGUACUAUGGUUUGGCCAUCUCUUGGGUCCUUUAUCGACCAAACUUACAUCAAAGCAAACGCCUGAAUGGAUCAGUCUAUCACUCUGAUAUGUUUGCAAUGAUCGGUGAGCAGUCAGUGGUUUAAACUGUAAACCUCAGCAUUAUUUUAACACACAUUUUAAAAAUACUAACGAUGAUCCAACUCUUCCCUAACAGGCACAUUGUUUCUGUGGAUGUUCUGGCCCAGUUUCAACUCAGCCAUCACAGACCACGGUGACGGACAGCAUAGAGCAGCCAUCAACACCUACCUGGCCCUGGCCUCCUCCGUCCUCACCACAGUGGCCAUCUCCAGCAUGUCACAGAAGAGAGGGAAACUGGACAUGGUAGCUCUCUUUUACCAGGAGAAAUAUAAAACUGUGUCAUCUACCAUUUUCAAUUUCUCAUUUCUGACAUUUUGUUUUUUCUGACAGGUGCACAUCCAAAACGCCACUCUGGCAGGUGGAGUUGCCAUGGGAACAGCAGCAGAGUUCAUGAUCACUCCUUAUGGUUCAUUGAUCGUGGGUUUCCUCUGCGGUAUUAUCUCCACGUUUGGAUACCUGUUUAUCACGGUGAGCUUGUGUCAUCUUUUUAAUGCUCUCUGACUGCAGAAAGACACAAAAACAGGGGAAAGUUUAUAUGUAUUUCAUCAAAUUUUAUGAUAACCUUUUCAUUUAAUUUACAUGUAUUAACUACAAAACAAGUCUUUAAAAAAGUAAAAUAGUUCACAAGAUAGAAGUGAAGUUUUCAACAUUUUUUGAAAGACAUUACAUAGAGACAGCUUUUGUUUUUUAACAUUACUGUAGGCCUUGAAUCUUUUUAAAAGAACUUUUCAUGGUGAAAAGGGAUUUUGUCGAGACUUAAAAGAGAAUGUGGUGUAGAUUCACAGAAAAUAAAUGACAUGUGAAAAUAUUUUCUGAGAAAAUAAAUAAAAAUUAUCUCCAAAAACUGGUUUUGUGGACUUCGGUGAAAGCCCCAGCGUAAGUAUCUAACACACUGCUGUUCCUCUUAUUUUCAGCCCUUCUUGGAGAAAUAUCUCAAAAUCCAGGACACAUGCGGUGUCCACAACCUCCAUGCUCUGCCAGGGAUGCUGGGUGGCUUCACAGGUGCCAUUGUUGCUGCAGCUGCCACUGAAUCUGUCUACGGCGCAGAAGGGUGGGUCACCAACAUAUACAAACAUUUCUUAUCUUAUCAAAGAACCAGUCUUAGCCUGUUUGUUGACAACAAUGUGAUAAAGUGAACAGGUUCUGUCUUGUUCUUUAGACACAGAUUAAAACUUUGAAAAACACAUAUUGAACCCUGGAUUAAAAUUCCGUUACAGCUUGGUCAACGUCUUCGACUUUGAGGGCGAAUUUAGCGACAGAUCAGCAGGAACUCAGGGAGGAUUCCAGGCUGCUGGCACAUGUGUGUCUAUCGCAUUUGGGCUGGUUGGCGGUGCAAUUGUUGGUAAGUUUUUCUAUAUCUAGAGUGAAUAUUGUUGAGGCAUGUUACAUUCAUGAGAUUAAUCAUCUGACCACUCUUUAAAAAACAGUCCUCUGUACAAACUCACAAAUGUGGCUUUUCUUGGAUUUGAACAGUUGUUCUGUCUCUACAGGUAUGAUCCUCAGGUUCCCUAUCUGGGGCGACCCUGCCGAUGACAACUGCUAUGAUGAUGAAGUUUACUGGGAGGUAAAUGUGCUGAGCUUUAGGGCGUGAACAUUUUAUCAUAAAAUCAAUCUGUCUCCUUAGCUUACCUCUUGUCCUCACGUUUCAGGUUCCUGAGGAUGAGGAGAGCAUUCCUCCAGUUCUGGAGUACAACAAUCACAUGAUCCACAAGCACCAAGACAUGUAAGCUCACUCACAUUGGACACAAAUCCACUUUCACUCUCAAUUUCAACAUUACUGAUGUAACAUUUCUGUCUUUGUUCAACAGAUCUGAGUCAAACUUCUCUGUGGACCAGAGUUAGAGCCUCACAGUGAAACACCGUCCUCCUGACAUUACUUUGAAGUUGAUGUAGCUGUGAACUGCAGUGAAAAAAAGAAACACUUAUUUAUGAAGGAGCCACCCUUAAAAAUUGGCAAUUUUACCAGGAAGGAAUAUUUUCACACACUGUCUCUACCUGCUGCUCUUGUCCUGCACCACGAACACCUGAUUAACUUGUGUAGCAUUUAAGUCCAUGAUUGAAAGCAUAAGGUUAUGAC